AUGGCCACAACACUGCCAUAUCGACCGUCAAAUGACUCCCUCUCCGCGUCGAAUCGCCAAACCACAGGUCUUCCUCGGCUCUCACCGGCAGCCUCCUUCAUCGGACGAUCACCCAGCAGUUCCCACGGCUCCUACCACCGAGCGUCUACAGAGAAUGCGGUGUCGUCGUUCAAACCCCGCCGCUGUAAAGCGCAGUACCCGCUUGACUCGCCCGAGCGACAUGUGGAAUACAUCCUGGUUGCGUCCUUCCAUAUUGAUCGGGGUCCGAUCAUGGAGCACCAGUACCCCGCCGCCAUCAGUGGGGACGAGAGUAUGCUUGCGGAGCUGAUGCUGCCGGAUCAGACACAUGUGCGGAGUCAGGAUUGGACCAUGUUCUUUUUGCACAAAGAUACUAGUGGUGAGGAAGAGACCGAUUCCGCGGGUGGAAAGAAGAAGAAGCGCAAGUCGAAAUAUCACGGGAACCAAGAAGGGGCGGAUAUUCUGGAUGAAACCCCGGACGAGAGCACGGAUGACCCAGACAGCAGUGACGAUGAGGGUGGUGAGGGCCCACCUCUGAUGUAUGUGCUGAAUCUGGUCAACACAAAGCAGGAUAACACGGUCCGAAGAGGUGCAGUAGUCAAGGCCAUGGCGAUUUGCACGCGGCAUUCGUUCCUCCAUAUCUACAAACCUCUACUUCUUUUGGCGCUGGAGGAUUACUUCAAAUCACCAUACCCCGAAACGCUGGCGUCUCUCUACGAUGCUGUCAAUGCCAUGGACCUUUCGUUGAUGCCCAAAAUGUCCAUACUGGAGCGCCACAUCUUGCAGUCUAGCAACACAAAAGAUAUGUUCUUGGAGAAGUUUGAACAAAUGAUCCGCCAACGCGAAGAGGAGGAAAGUCAAGACAGUGAAUGUCCACCAUCGCCAAAGAAGAUGAGCCGAUACGCCCUGCCGCGAGAUACACAUGAGUACGAGUCGAAAGUGGUCUACAACGACAUCCCCAUUCCAGUCAAGAUUCCAACAGUGAUUUGGCCAGAGACGGUUGGAGACUUCUCUCUUAUCAAGCUCAUCCAGACCUUUGCCGUGCCCCAUGCCACCUCCCCGCAAGCAUUCCAAGCCCACCCCCAUCUGACGACGAGCGGCCCAUUCACGCAUCCCAUUAUCGUUCUCGUCAACGCCAUCCUCACUCAAAAGCGAGUAAUUUUCCUCGGACACAAUCGACCCUCAGGAGAAGUCGCCGAGGCGGUGCUCGCAGCCUGCGCCCUCGCAUCUGGGGGCAUUCUACGCGGAUUCACCCGCCACGCCUUCCCCUACACCGAUCUCACCAAAAUCGACGACCUCCUCAAAGUCCCCGGCUUCAUCGCAGGCGUCACAAACCCCACGUUCGCCAACCACCCCGAAUGGUGGGACGUUAUGUGUGACCUCCCCACCGGCCGCAUCAAGAUCUCCAGCCACGUUGAGACUGCCCCAGUAACAGAAGGUCUCCUGUUCUUCCAGCAACAGAACGCCCUCCUGCCAAACAACACCUCCAACACAACCCACGACCCAACAGGCGACACCCUCUUCAUGGAAGACAUCCUCCGCAGUAUCAGCCAGCGGCACGGCGAAAAUGCCAUCCGCGCGAAGUGGCGCGCCUACAUCACGAAGUUCGUCCGCGUAGCCGCAGCCUUCGAAGAAGCCGUCUACGGCGCCUCAAAUCUUUACAUCAUCGCCCCGGGCGAAGAAAUCUCCCCAGACAGCCCAACAGGCCACCAAACAGACGCCGCAGACCCAACCUCCCUCCGCGGCCACGGCUACGUCUGGACGGACGAGACCGCCAAACAGCGCGAGCUCUCCGCCUCCGUCUCCCGUAUCGAAGGCUGGCGCAAUACCCGCUCCUAUUAUUCUUACAUCCAGGAUCUCGCAGCCAUGUACUUCCCCGCGCGCCCAAUCCAGCGCCCAGACAUCCAUCACCACCACGACCGGCUCCGCUCUCUCAAACUCUCCCACGCCGAGGCUGCGUCUAUCUACCUCGCCCUGUCCCAUUCCGUCAAGGACUACGCCGGCAUCUGCCAGCUGCUGUGCGUGGCGCCGGAAAACCAGGCCGGUCUCUUCUAUGUUAGCAUGGGUCUUUUCCACCCUGACCAAGUCGUCCGCGAAGCGACGGUCGAUCUGCUAGAUCGCAUCGCGGCCCACCCGGCCGGUCGCCAUUUCUGGACUCAUGUCGGGCGCUUUGCGAAGUUGGGGUAUAUUCGUGUGCGGAGGGAACGGGAUGCUGCUGCGCAGAGUCCUAUUUCUGGUGCUGGGUCACCGAUUGUUCCUACCAGUCCUGGUGCUAGUUUUGGUGGCGAGCCGCAGAGUCUUGUCGGCGUUGCUAUGGGUGGGAGUAUGUCGAGGAGGAGUUGA